CCCACGUGUGAAAGAAGAGCGCAGCAUGCGGGUUCGCAGGUGCGGGAAGGGUCAGCAAGUAUAGGCAAUGGGUGGGCGUUAUUGCGUACCUGCGCACCACCUGCGUUUCUGCCCAACGGGCCUAAUGAGUGAGGGCCACGAUGCGAUGAAGAGGUACGGAGUAUGGGCGACGCAACACCCGGUUCGCUGGAUGCAGUUGCCCCCCUCCCCGCGCCAUCCACAAUAUCGAUUAUUCUUUGACGAUAUCACCCGCCGAUACCAGCAGCAUUGUGCAUUGCAGAGGAUGUGGCGUUGGGGUGUGAUCAGCGCAAAGGGUUUGGCGGGAGGAGGUAGUCGAUGGUUGGUGGUUGGCUGUCGUAAGCGCACCUUGACCUGAGAGAUCAUCACGAGUGGCCGAGGAGUAUGAGAAUCAAGUAGAGAUUAUCCUAAUAGGACAGAAUCCACUCCUUCUCAUUCCGCUAUUGGGAUUUCGCGAUAGCUUCGCAAUUGACAACAGAUGCCACCACGGUCAUUCCCAAAAA